UCAUGCUUUCUGCAGGAAUCCUGCAAAAUCAAAGUAAACAUUUUAAUGUUUUAUUUCAUAUUCAUGACACGCUUGAGUUGAGUCAGGACAGGUGAUGUACUUUGCUCUGAUGGGGCGGACAGACCCAGGGAGAGAAAUUGGAGGCUGGCCCUAAGUUUAGCUUUACAAACCCCCCGCCCCUCACUCCAGUCACUUAAAUACUAAAACUUGAGCAUUAAGUGAGAAAUCUCCAGAGACAGCCUUGAGACGAGAAUUAUAGACAGAAGAUCAAGUGACCCUGCAAUGAAAGGAGACACUGCAAAAGCAGGCCUCCCGAAUGGCACCAAACCAGCCACGGACCUGCUGCCCGCCCCGGAGGAGAAGAUGGAAGAGCGGGGCGAGUGGGGCAACAAAAUCGAGUUCAUUCUGUCAGUCGCAGGCUCCAUCAUCGGGCUGGGCAACAUGUGGCGCUUCCCUUACCUCUGCUACAAGAACGGAGGAGGUGCAUUCCUUAUCCCCUACCUGAUCUUCCUGUUCACCUGUGGCGUUCCGGUCUUUUUCCUGGAGACGGCAUUGGGACAGUACACCAGUGAAGGAGGCAUUACCUGCUGGAGGAAGAUCAGUCCUUUGUUUGAAGGUCUUGGCUAUGGCACCCAGGUGAUAGUGACUCUGCUGAACUUCUACUACAUCAUCGUUCUUGCCUGGGGGAUUUUCUAUUUGUCUUUUUCCUUCUCCUGGGACCUGGCCUGGUCAUCUUGCAACAACACAUGGAACACAGAAAACUGUCUGGAGUUCCAUCGGAGAAACACGUCAAUCAACCAAACAAUUAACCUGAAUUCCACCUCUCCUGUCAUGGAGUUCUGGGAGAGAAGGGCGCUGAGGAUUUCCCCAGGCAUUGACCACAUGGGCUCUCUGAACUGGGACCUCGCUCUGUGUCUGUUCAUCGCCUGGGUCAUGUGCUACUUCUGCAUCUGGAAGGGGACGAAAUCCACAGGAAAGGUGGUCUACUUCACAGCGACCUUCCCUUAUUUGAUGCUGAUUGUGCUGUUGAUCAGAGGGCUCACCCUGCCUGGUGCUGCCAUUGGAAUCAAGUUUUACCUUUACCCAGACUUGGGACGACUGGCAGACCCACAGGUGUGGAUGGAUGCUGGUACCCAGAUCUUCUUCUCCUACGCCAUCUGUUUGGGGUCACUUACUGCUCUGGGAAGCUACAACAGAUACAACAACAACUGCUACAGGGAUUGCCUGUCGCUCUGUUGUCUGAACAGCGGCACCAGUUUUGUGGCUGGCUUUGCAAUCUUCUCCAUCCUGGGUUUCAUGGCGUAUGAGCAGAAUGUUCCCAUCUCAGAGGUGGCAGAAUCUGGUCCUGGUCUGGCCUUCAUAGCUUACCCCCGUGCUGUAUCUAUGAUGCCUUUCUCUCCUCUGUGGGCCGCUCUCUUCUUCAUCAUGAUUGUUUUUCUUGGCCUUGACAGUCAAUUUGUGUGCGUGGAGAGUCUCGUGACGGCGAUAGUUGACAUGUACCCUGCUGUGUUCCGACGUAAAAAUCGCAGGGAGCUCUUCCUCUUAGGUGUCAGUCUCGUCUCCUUCUUUAUGGGCCUCAUCAUGCUGAUGGAGGGGGGCAUGUAUGUCUUCCAGCUCUUUGAUUACUACGCAGCUAGUGGCAUGUGUCUUCUCUUCAUGGCCAUCUUUGAGACUGUCUGCAUUGCAUGGGUCUACGGUGCUGAUCGCUUUUAUGAUAACAUCGAGGACAUGAUUGGCUACCGACCAGGACCCUACAUCAAGUACUGUUGGUUGUUCCUUACCCCAGCCACGUGCAUUGGUACAUUUGCCUUCUCCCUCAUCAAAUACACUCCUCUAAAGUACAACAAUGAGUAUGUGUACCCAUGGUGGGGCUACGCUAUUGGCUGGCUGCUUGCUCUCUCCUCCAUGAUCUGCAUCCCGCUGUGGAUGGUGUACAAGCUCAGCACCACCCAGGGGACUCUUAAAGAGCGCCUCCAGCUGCUCACCACACCCUCAGACAGCUUACCCAAGACCAAGAGGGAGCAGGAGAGGUUACUGGCCAUCUUUGCUCCUGAGGGGGAGCCCACUCCGAAUAAAAACGGCUACUUCCCGGUCUCAGAGAGAGACUCCAACUUAUGAAGCCCCAAAGAUGAUUUGUAAAGUAAAGACUUGGGGUUUUGAUCCAAUCUUUGAGUUGCCCCAUCACAAAGACAGCAGGAAAAGAUACAAAGGUGUCACAUUAUCUACUUUAAUAUGGUUAUGGGGAACUCAGGAGACAAAGGGUCCACAGUGUGUUUGGUUUUGCAGUGUAAACAUUUCAGGGAUGGUAGUGAAGUGAUAAAAGGGGAAUAUAGUGUUAAAACAAAUGUUGUAGUUUGCAUAAUAAGGAAGCAUUUGGUGCAGAUUCAUCACCUUGACAACAAGAGGAUACUAGAUUGAAAACUGAGUUACAUCUAAAUAACCUUCAAAGUCUCUCUGUGUUUCUGUUAUCACUUUAUGGCUACAUAGUCAUAGUUGUAUCAUAUAUUGUACCUUCUUUACCGAUAAAGGGAUUUUCCCUAAUAUUAUUGUCAAUAAUAAAAUAAAAUGUUUUAUUUUUUAUCAAUGAACUGAAAUAAUAUGGCAUGUCAGUGACAUUUCUAAUACUGUAGCGCUGCAAUAACAGUAGGAUUAACAUGGCAUAUACAUCGUAGUUUCACAUUGGAAACUGUAACAAAAUGUGACUGUACAGAAAAAUGUGAAUCUUGUAAAUGUGUUUUUAAAUAAACAUGCAAAAUUUCAUGCAGGCUUAAAAUAUUCUACUGGUGCUAAACAAUGAUGUAUUACUGUAAUUUCACUGUAAUAGUCUGAUGAAAGGAUGUCAAUGCAUUGUGGGAAAUGAAGGGCUUUGUGUGACUAAAAGUUUGUACAUAUCAA